CGCACCAAGGAGAGAUCAGGAGAAGGAACAAACCCCCCAAUUCCAAUCCCCUCCCCUCUCUCCCGCCGCAACCGCUAGUACGGUCCGGAGAGAGCUCCAGAUCCCGACUCCAUGGCGACCGCCAAGUCCACCGCCACCGCCCGGAAGCGCGUCGAGGCCGCCGUCCUCAAGCGCGCGCGCGACGGCUCCGCCUUCACCCGCUGCGAGGGGUGCAACAAGAACGUCCCCGUCGUCCUCAUCGACCUCCACAGCUGCAGCCUCGACUCCAAGAUCCGGACCAGCCUCGAGGCCCAGGUCGUGGAGAAGACCGUGGAGAUCUCCAAGCCGGAGAAGAAGAGGAAGGCGCCCUCCUCUGCAGCUGCCGGCAAGGGCUCCAAGAAGGGCAAGUCCGGAGCCGGCGCCAAGAACGGCAAGAAGCGCCCGCCCACCGCCUUCUUCAUCUUCAUGAAGGACUUCAGGCUCGAGUUCAAGGCCUCUCACCCCGAUGAGAAGGGUGUAUCCGCCGUUGGCAAGGCAGCGGGCGUCAAGUGGAAGGCCAUGACCGACGAGGAGAAGAAGCCCUACCUCGACCAGGCCAAAGAGCUCAAGGCCAAGUUCGACAGCGGCGAAGACAUUGCGGAGAACGAUGUGGCAGAGGAGGAGGAGGAGGAGAAUGCAGAGGCGGCAGAGGAAGAUGAAGAAGAGGUGGAGCAGCCUGAGGAGAAGGACGACGAGGCGCCUGCGGCUGAGGAAGAACUGGAGAAGAACGAGCUAGAUGAUGACAUCUAGAUGUGUGACUUGAAUUUGUCGUUCCUGUUUUGUAAAUGGCAGGUGUUCUACCCAUCUAGUAUCUAGUUCUAGUUCGGGAGAACUGAACCUCAACACCAACUCUAUUAGCAAUUUAGUAGCAGCACCAAAGUGUCUUGACUGGCUGCCUGAAGUCAGUUUAUUAUUUGUUCUUGGAAAAGUAGAGAUGAAUGAAUCUUUGGUUGAGCUUCAGUAGAGUUGCAAAUUUGUUUA